AUGGCUAGCAAAAGUGAACAAAUUUUAACGUUGCAUCAGCUGGGAAAUCGCUACUGCGACAUUGCGCGAACGCUUGGUAUCGACAAGUCAAAUGUUAGACGGACCAUCAAGCGGUUUGAGGAGCUCGGUCACACUCGCCGCCGUUCGGGAAGCGGCAGAAAGCGCACCAUCAGAACCGCUAAGAACCGGAAGCUCAUCCGAGACCGCGUCAAUCGAAAUUCGAGAGUCUCGAUGAGAAAAAUCGCGCGUGAAUGUAGAAUCAGCGACAGAUCCGUCCGCCGAAUGACAAAAGAGGACCUCAACUUGAAGCCUUACAAGCUCCAAAAAGUGCAGUUCCUCACCGCCGAGAACAAGAGAGUACGGUUCCAGAGAUGCGGACGACUCCUUCACCGGCAUGCACCACUGGACUGGGACCGCAUCCUGUUCACAGACGAGAAGCUGUUCACCAUUGAGCAGGCGCACAGUCGCUAA